GUUCAAACAUUUAAAUUUAUAAACGAGCUGAGCUAAUUAAUGAGUUGAGCAGAAGUAGAACUCAUGAUCUACUUAAUGAGCUAAGCUCGAAUUCAACUUACUUUUUAAUGAACAUUUGAAGUCAAGUUCAACCUCAGUAAAAUUCGGCUUAAUGAGCUAAGCUCGAAUUCAACUUACAUCUUACAAGCGUAUUUCAUCUGGAAAUAUUAAUAAUUCCAGUGGCUCUAGGUGUAAUUUACCCGCCUACAACACCCAAAAGAGGUAGGAGACGGGGAAUCAUUAUCCUGCAUUCUUGCUGAACUAAUAGUAUCCAGUAGGAGCUCACCCGCCGCCGGCGAAUUCCAAAGACGCUGAAAAUCGGAAGUUCGCCAGAAUUUCAAAACCCUGGAUUUCCCUUUCUCCUGAUGGACGCAAAUUCUUUGCUCCUCCGAAACCUCUCCACUUCCCCACCAUCUCCUCUGCUCUUCUUCAAUUUCACUCUUCCUCUCCCCACUUCCCACUGCCACUUCAACUCCAACAAGCCUUUGAAGCAAUUCAACCCGGCCACCGCCUCCGGUAACUCUGUGGCAGUCGUCAGAAGGUGUGUUGCUGGUAAAGAAGUAGAAAUCAUCUUGGAAGGCAUGCCCAACGAGUACUACGACGAUGAAUGGCAAGCCCAACAGAAAGAAAAGGCAAAAGAGUUGGAGAGGCAGCGGCAACUGGAAGAUGAAGAAGAAGAGAGGAAAAUUGAGGAGUACCGGGAAAUUGGGACUAGGCUCAAGGGUUAUCCACAAGAAGAUGUGAGUAAAGCUAAGAAGCUGAUCUCCAGCUUCAUCAGAGCUGCUGAAGAAGUGGAGGAGAGAAUCGAAGAAGCUGCUGAGAAAGGGGAACUUAACGAACUUGUUCUGAUGGUCAUUUGGAAUCGCCUUGAUCUUGCUCGACGCGAUGAGGAGAAGGAUGUCAUCCGGAGUCUUGAUCUUUUAUACAGGAGGGUUGAGACAGAGAUUUUGAAAAGGGAGGCUACUCCUGCGAUGAGACUUCUCAAUGAUCUCUUGAACAUGCAUGAUGGUUUCAACGACGAAGGCUGGCUGAAGGAUUGCAAGAAACUCAUGAUUGCUACCUUCCCACGUGAGGAUCCAUUUAGCAUUCUUGUUCCAACUGGGUUCGACAUUGACAAGCAUGAGGGGCCAAUUAGACCCCCUCCAGAUGCUGAAGAUGUUCUUCUAAGGGUAGAUUUUGUGAGAGAGGUUGAUGAACUGCUCCAAGAAGUGAGAGCAGAGCAGAACGAAGAAGCCGAUGCACAAGGGCUUGAUCCUGAAUCCAUAGCCAACAAGCUGAAACAGCAAGAGAAGCAAAGGACGAUACACAAGGUGGAAGCUCUUCUGGAGCUGGCUGUCAACUUGAAAGUGUAGCAGCGAUAUAUGUUAUCCCUUCUACCAAAUAGCAUGUGACUUAUAAUCCCAGGCCAUUUUUGUAAUCUGGUCUAGGACCAGUAAAGAGAAUUAUACUAUUCUAUCAACUUUGACUUCUGUACCUAAAAUGUUAAUUUCAUUUUGCCCCUUUUUUAUGCCAAGUUGAACUUCUCCAUUGCAUGAACACUCUAACGAACAAAAUUGCCAGAUAACA